CAUUUCCUGACACUGGGAAAAUUUCCCGUUGGGAGUCUGAGAAACAUCCUCAUUAAAAGCAGGCAAUGCGGGAGAAAGGGUCUGAUAGGCAGGAGAGGAACAUACAGACAUAGGAACCAAUACUCACCCGGUACACAUAGAGAAGGCUCCGGUACUCCGGACAUGGUCCUCUAGGUCUACUGCCCAAAUGGAGGAUGAAGAAGUCAUCAACCAGGCUAUAUUAUGUGGGGACUUUGACCGCAUCCCUACGGAAGAAGACAGAGGAACGGUGAAGGUUUUCCUGUGUGCGGACCCCCUGGAAUCGGAGAGGGAAAGAGCUGCUCUGCGUACAGAGGUGUACCCCAAGCUAAGGGAGUAUUGCAGACAUGUCCUUGGUUUGGAGAUUCAGGUGCUGGACGGCUAUGACGGAAUACACCCCGAUGACCUCUACAGCAGCAGCGUCCGCAGGAACCGUAUGCAGCUGCUGGAGGAGUGCGUCCUGUCCUCGGCCGGACCCUGCUUUGUGGCUCUCAUAGGGGAGGAGUAUGGAAAGUGCUGUCUCCCGACACUGAUCGACUGUGAAGAGUUUGAUAAUAUUGUUCACACAGCUGAGGAACAUAGAGUCUGCACAAAGCUCCUCCAAACAUGGUACCACCGCGAUGAGAAUGCCAUCCCACCGGUCUAUAGUCUGCUGGACAGCGAGGAACUGCCAGACUGCACCAGGCGGCAGAGAGCAGAGAGUCCUGACUGGAUGUGCGAGGUGACCCAUGACAUCGGAAAGAUCUUUGACACUGUGGUUCCAUUGUGUGUGCAGAAAGGGAUUCUGGGACAUAAGCAAGCACGGAAGUAUUUUACCUCAGCUCUAGAGGAAGAGUUACUGUUUGUUCUAGAAAACUGUCGUCAGCACCUGCUGGAGAGAUGCGUCUGCUACAUACACAAAGUGCCGUAUAAAGCGUUCCGCAAACAGAGGGGAAAAGCAGAACGAUCGGAGGGAGUCAUCACUGACGGUUACGCCAGGCUCUGCCGCCUCAGGGACGUUCUCAUCCCAGCCCUGUCCCGCACUGGGGGUCUCCAUGUGUACAGCACCAACACGACAUGUGACAUCAAGGUGGGCUACACAAAAGAGAAGAAGCAACAGUACGUAGAAGGCCUAUGCGGACAGUUUUAUGCGGACAUGGUGACGUUAAUUAACCGUGGAACCCGUAGACACCCAGCGCCCCUGAGAAACGGGACUGAGGAAGGCUUGGAGCAUCUCUCUCUAUGUACUAUGUAUGCAAACCUCCAGCAAUAUGAGUCCAGAGCAGCGGAGAGUAUAAAGAGCUACAUUCUCUGUGAUGGGUCUCGUAAACCCAUGGUGGUGCUAGGGGAACCAGGCUGUGGGAAGACUGUUCUCCUGGCUUCUUGUGCAAAGAAGGUCCAACUAUGGCUUAAAGACUUUGACCCAGCAUUAGUAGUUCGCUUUGUGCCCCCAUUUGGUGAACCUCUGACUUUGAGCGGAUUAAUAAGAGGCCUGUGCCAGCAAUUAGCCAAUAUUUUCAGAAUACAAAUUCCUGCACAGGAAGAUGACAUCAUUGUGUUAGCAGAACGGUUUCUCAGCCUUCUGUCAGCAUCCACCGGGCAAAGACCACUGGUCCUGCUACUGGACAGUGUGGAUAACUUGAUGUGUUGCGAACGCAAUGGAGAACCGUCUUGGUGGUUGCCGUCUCCUCUUCCUCAAUUCACUAAAAUAAUUGUAUCUGCCACACGGGACAACUCUGUAAACCAAACUCUGCCUUGGAGGCCAGACCAGGUCCUCUUUCUUGAGCUGAAGCCAACAAGGAAAGAAUGCAAUGACAAUUUAAAGAAGAACCUUUUAAAUGAACAAAGGAAAAUCACUUCAGGCCAACAAAUUUAUGUGAACAGAUCCUUGGGGAGCUGCACUACCCCUUUGCAGGUGCUACUGCUGUAUAAGGAAGUCAUGGGAUGGAAGUCCCACCAUGAUGUUGGAGAUCAAUGCCUUGGAGAAAGUGCCUAUCAAUCAACCGAAAUAUUAUUCCAUAAAUUGGAAAACAAAUAUGGCUAUGAAUUUAUCUUCAGGGCGUUAAGUUACGUAACACUGUCAAGAUCUGGCACUGGAGAAGCUGAGCUUGUAGACCUGUUGUCAGCAGAUGACGUGGUACUUGCCCAGUUGUAUCAUGUACACGAAGCCCUGGAGAUGUUGAGAGUUCCUGACUGGCUAGUUGCAAACAUAUUACUUGACCUCGAGGGCUGCAUAGCUUACAGGGUUGUUGCCGGUUACCGUUUAAUAACAUGGACAAACAGGCUUUAUCAACAAGUUGUUAGUAAGCGGUAUCUCAAAAGUCCAGAAGUAGUUCACAAGUUACAUGCACAUAUGUGCAACUAUUUUAGUGGGCGCUGGGUAAGUGGAAGAGCAAAGUCGAUAUCCGGUAAACAGAACAACAGGCCACAGCGUGAUGCACAGCAGUCAAAGACAGUUACUACAGGAUCCGAUCCACUUGCCAAGAUUUACAUUGACAGACGGCUCCCAUCUCAACCAUGGUCUUUUAAUGGCCACUUAGGACGUACAGACAUUGGAAAUGUAAGAAAGGCCCUUGAACUUCCUUAUCACCUGAAGGAGUGUGGACAACUAGACAUCCUGUACACCGAUGUUUUCAUGGCAUUACCUUAUUACAAAACCCUCUUAAAAUCUGGUCACCUAAAUUCACUGAUCCACAGUAUGGAAGAUGCAGCCAUGCUAAUGGGUAAAGAAGAGGUCUACCUCAUCUGCGACCUGCUAAAAGAAACCAGGUGUCUUCUGAACGACCAUCCUAAAGCUUUUGAGAUGAUUGUGCAGUCAAAGAUAAUGCCACUUGCAUCUAUAUACCCUUGUCUUUUGACGUUUGUCAAGCAAAUAUUUUAUGAAAGUAUUAAGAAUUCCUUUCUGGUUAUUUUGAAUUCGUCAGUUUUCAAAUUGCCGGUAAUUAAAAUCCAGUUUCAACAGCCAUCGACUAUUGUCAGCCUCCUGGAGAUGAGAACAAAAUCUCAGUUAAUCAUAGUUUUGCAGCGUGGUUUUGUUUAUACUUGGAGCAGGAGAAAGAGACUGUGCUUAGAAUAUCAGUCAAUCAACGGCUCAGAAAUCAUUGGUGCCUCCUUGGAAAACGAAGGUCGAUAUUUGGCACUUUCCACCCGCCAAGGGUCAAUCAUCCUUCUUGACUGUUUCACCUGGACUCUUCUUAAUGAAAUCAGCAAUACUGCCCAGGAAGUUGACUUUAUGCCUAAGGGCUGUACCCUGUGUAAUGAAAUGCUUAUUGUUUACUUUGAGAAUACUCCAAUGGUUAGAGUUUUCAAUGUUCUUUCUGGUAAGAUUCUUAAAGAAAUCAUAUUUGCCGAAAAGUUAACUUAUUUUGCGAUUGUUGACAAUGGGAAAUACACAACUCUAGGACAAACAAAUACACUUAUCAUCUAUAACACUGAGUUCUUCUCCAGGAAAAUUGUGUUGCAGAUGGACCAUUUAAAGCAUGUUAUAUGUGAUGUCUAUAUACAGGGGACUGAUGUCUAUGUCAUUGAUAAAGCUGGUAAUAUCACAAUUUGGAACAUAGCAGAUCCUUCUAAGCCUCAACUUGUGGGUGUUGUGAAUUCUGUUGAUGGCCACGACGAGGUGAUCUCUACAGAAUAUUCCCCAGAUCGUCUACUAAUUUGCAGACCAACAACUUUUGAUGUAUGGGAAACAUUGACUUGGGAGAAAAAUAACUUCAGCAUUCGACUAAAAGAGAAAUUUAUUUCUUGUGUGUUGUCCUAUAGUGGGGAAGAGAUCAUUGCUGCUGUAGAGAAUGUUUCGUCACUCUUUGUCUGGUGCAGAAAGAGCGGACAAUGCAUUUCAAUGGUGCACCUUGAACCUGAUGCACUCCCUUUCCUGACCAAGAGUCUUCAGCUGAACUUAUUGCAAGCAGUAACAAAAACAUCAUCUAAUGGGGACGUUCUAAUUAUAACCGAGGGUGGGACGGUCAAUGUGCUAAGUAUGCAGGAACAAAAUCUUUGCAUCUUGCACACGCCCAACGCUGUUUUAUAUCAACAUUUGACCAAAGAUGGCAAAUAUCUGAUUUACUUAUGUCAGGGUUGUGAAAGUCACUGCAGGUGUGAUUACCACGCGAACCCUGUGCUUAAUGUUAUAGAAGUCCUUGAUGGAAGAAAGAUCGGCCAGUGCCAUCUUGGGAAAGUACCGUGUGCCAUGACCGUGUCCGGAGACGAUGGCACGGUCUGUGUUGGGUUUGCAGAUGGCACUCUUGGCUUGUACUCAAUAGGCAGGAAGUGGAAGGGUAACGAGGUGACUGAAAUCUUUUUCUCCCUGUGUGGUAAGAAAGAGUCCGUUGAUGAUGAUGUACCUGUGAAAAUAUAUCGGGAAAAUAUAUCUGCAGACAUAGUGUGGAAGGAUUCCACCAGUGUCGACUCCAGUCUUGACUGCUCGUUGGAUAAAGAGUAA